AGAUGGAUUAAAUGAAAGAUGAAACCAUGAAGGGCAUCCAAUAGUGGCGGGUAUUGAGUGUAACUAUAUAAAGGAAGCAGUGGGCAGUCUCCUUUGCUAGAGCGCCUGUACUGAGCAGGCAAAGGAAAGCGAGGCACCUAGCUCAAACUCCCAUUAGAUAUGUUUGCCCAAAUUGCCUUGGUUGGUUUGGUAGGUGCUGUUGUAUGGGUUUACCAGGCAAUCAAGCCAGCUCCCUCAAAAAUAUGUGGCUCUCCCAAAGGUCCUCCUGUCACAGCAACUAGAGUGAAGCUUAGAGAUGGAAGGUACCUCGCUUACAAGGAAAUGGGAGUACCUAAAGAGAAGGCCAAACAUAAAAUUGUCUAUGUUCAUGGUUUCGAUCAAUGCCGGCAUGAUGCUAUGCCAGUACCUCGGGAUGUCUUGGAAGAGUUGGGUGCAUACAUUGUGGCCAUUGACAGGCCAGGGUAUGGACAGAGCGAUCCGAACCCAAAGCAGUCGGUGAAGAGCAAGGCAGAUGACAUACAAGAUUUUGCAGAUCGUUUGAAUCUGGGGCCCAAGUUUUAUAUUAUGGGCUUUUCCAUGGGGGGCCAGCAUGUAUGGAGUUGCCUCAAGUACAUACCCCACAGGUUAGCAGGAGCAGCACUCCUAGCUCCUGUUGCCAACUUUUGGUGGAGGGGAUUCCCCAAAGAUUUGUUUAAAGAGGCAUAUAACGUACAAUUGGUACAAGAUCGAUGGACCCUUCGAGUUGGUCACCAUCUUCCAUGGCUGACGUACUGGUGGAUGACUCAAAAAUGGUUCCCUGCUUCUAGUGUUGAAGCCGGUGAUUUCCGGAUCUUUAACGCCCAUGACCAUAAACUCUUGUCCAGCUUGCCUCCGAGGGCUCAUGAGGCAGAGAUAAGGCAACAAGGCGAAUAUGAAUGCCUUCAUCGUGACGUGAUGAUCGGCUUUGGAAAAUGGGAUUUUGAUCCGUUGGACCUCAGUAACCCAUUCCCAAACUAUGACGGCUCAGUUCACCUGUGGCAAGGGGAUGAAGAUGGGUUUGUCACUGUAUUGCUGCAGAGAUACAUUGCCAAAAAGCUUCCUUGGAUACACUACCAUGAGAUUCAGGGUGCAGGGCACAUGUUCAUAUAUGACGAGGUUUUCCCGAAACAAGUUAUAAGGUCUCUCUUGCUAGGAGAGAAGCCUACAGUUUUGUCGGCUUAAGUGGGAUUUUAUAUGUAAACCGGUGCCUUGGCAAAGCAUUCUGCUGCUUAGAAUUACCUUUCAAGUACACUUCUCUUAUAGAAGAUGGCUACUACGCAACUGUCCUUACUAGUUUCUUCUUUUCUUUUCUCCCUGUGACAAUAUGAAUAAUGCCGUAAGGUCUCAUCUUAUGUAUCAGAUUAUGAAUUAAAACAAGAAAGUAGAAACUUGCCAAGCA